AUGAAGUUUGGAUUGUUAACCAUCCUUGUCAUAUUUGCAGUACUAGUUGUAGCUGCAGAGUCCUAUGGUAGAAGGCACGGAGGCUAUAGACAUGUGACAAUUUAUAGAGGGAGACACGUAUACAGACACAGUCAUGGGCACUAUGGAGGUAGACACAGAUACAUUCAUAGGUAUUAUGGACAUAGGUACAGGUAUGGACAUAAGCAUGUUUAUGCCCACGGAUAUGUUCACCGACCAAGUGUUAUUCACAGUCAUGUUCAUGGACAUGUUUACAGUCAUGCUCAAGUACACCACAAUAUACAGGUCUUGGCAAAACUAAACAAGUAUCUCCCUCACAAUGUUCAAGAGCACAAAAAGAUUGCUUUACAACAUAUUAAAACCAUUGCACAGACGGCCGAACAUCAUGUCAACAGCAUUGAAGAUGCGGCAAACAGUCACGUUGAGAAAGUAAAGGAGGAAGCUGAUAAACAUAUCUAUGAUAUAAACAAGGCCUCCGCGGAACACCUGCAACAACUAAAAGCAGCAGCAGAUGCACAGAUUAAAAGACUUACCGAGCUCGCAAAACAGCAUCUAUACACUGCAGAGAAGCAACACCAGCAUCAUUCCAGUCAACGUGAAGACCAACAUAACCGUCACAUGAGUGAUCAGGACGCAAUUAAUAAACGCCAUGAAGAUGCGAUGCAGUCGAUAAAUAAUCAUCAACUACACCCAAAACUCAGCGAUUUGAUAAAUAAAAUCAACAUAGCAAAUCAUAACGCACGAACUUAA